AUGAGUUUUGUUGUACAAAGUGUACGGGUCCUUUUGGCCUGUUUUUAUCUACUGUCGAUACUGAUCACAAUACCGAUAUCGUUUAAAGUUGGCGGGCUAUACUGUGGUCUUUCCUUCACGGUAACGCUUUUCAAUCUCUAUUUUAUGUCAACAACUCUAUCGCUAUUUGUUCGAGGUUACGCUAGUAGGUUUUACGUGUUUUCAACUGCAACCAUCUAUUAUUCACAACAUUGCAUUAUUGCCUCAUUGUUAUACCUGUUCUUGUCAGGAUUUUCCAAUGAAGAAUUGACCAAGAUUUUAGAGAGUGGCUCACAGCCUGAACAAUCGUUAUUAGAAGUUUUAAAGAGUAACCCAUUUUCAGCCCAUUCCAAUUGGAUUUUGUAUUAUUACUAUUAUUGUUACAUUGUACAACCAUGGCAAUGGAUUCUUUCACAUUCAACGGCCUUCUUCUCACUUUCGGAAGGUUUUUUCACAAUUUUAGCGAUUCAAGCCGUUGGUGAAUCUCACAGAUGGCUGCUAUACGAGAUAAAUUCCAACAUUUGGAACAUCACAUCUUUACUCAUAUCAGGUGGAGUGAUUACCGCUGCAUUGUACUAUCUGUACAGAAUAUAUGUGACACCAGUUUGGGAACUAUCCAUACAGACGGCCUCCCUAUUGGGUUUUACACUUUCAUUGGUAUGUGGAUUAGGGCUCUACGGUAUUGUUAGUAAGAAUGGAUCUGUUAUCGAGAGUUCACUUUUCUUUGCGUACAUAGUACGUUGCAUCUAUGAAAUUUCACCAAAAUUGGCAACUACUGCAACUGAUGAAAUUUUGGAAAUUUUUAAAGAAGCAUGGCAGAAGCAUCAACGCAAUUAUUCCAGUACAAAUAAUCUAUUAUCCUACUAUCACGAUGUGGUUCUCGAUAGCGCUGAAAUGAUGUGGGAAUCAAUUGUAUCAAAAACAGUUACAACUAGUGAUCCAUUUUAUCAUACAUCGAUGUUCCCACCACUAAGGAAGUUUACAGAUAUCUUUAAACCAGUUGGAAUUUUUUUCAAGAAUUUUACCAUUUCAGUACCGUCUUCCAUUGAAGGUCUAUUCCAAGUAACUCUGAAGAUGGCAUCUGACUCUGUAUCGCCGGCGAUCGUUGUGAAUUUGUUCUUUAGAGUCCUUAUCUUCUAUUCCGCUACUAAGAUUAUUCCUGCAUUACAGGGUAAAGGAGAUAGACAAUUAAACAAAUCUCGUAGAAUUAUGAACGUUCUUUAUUGGUACAGCCCUUGCAUACUAAUUGCCAUGUACACGCAUUUAAUAUUGCAAUAUUCCGGUGAACUAAACAGAGAUCUUUGCCUAUGGGGUUGUAAUUCAAUGUGGUUUUCCCUAAAUCAAACAAAAAUAGUCGUGGACUCUUGGGGAUUUUGGAAUUGGUGCAACAUUUUUUGGACCAUUUUAGUGUAUGGAAGUGAGUUGAUCGGCGGCAAAAAAUGA